GCCCUUCCACAGCUGCGACUGCAGGCUCACGUGCCGAGGCUGUGGCAAUUCCACCCCGGCGAGGGUGGCGACGACAGCCAAGCAGGCGGCCGCACGCGCUCGCGGACCCUCGGGCGGCGGGAGCCCAGGAGCCUCGAAGAGGAUGUGCCCGCGGCAGCCGGAAGCUUCGACCAGUGGAAAGUCGUCCAGGCCGCACAGAAGCAGAUCGACCAACUCUAG